UGACAAAUUUCUCACAGCUCGUUUUAAAGACAUUUCCACUUACAGGUCGACAUGAAGGCACUGCUGUUUAAACUUUUGGUCAUCUUCAUGCUUGGAGGGCUGCAUGCAAACACUCAAACAGAAGAGAUGGGUUUCAGUGAAGACGAGCAGCACCUCAGGAGAAGAUACGCCGAGUCCGUCAUCGCCAGUGAAAUCAGCAAAAUCAGAGAUUCCAUGUUGCAGAGAAACUUCAUCGAUUUCUUGCUCAAUCAAAAGGGGAAAAGAAGCAGGUCUGCUGCUGUGGAGGAAGAUCAGGAGGAACGUUGGUACAACGACCUGCUGAAGCUCAGCCUGCACGACAAGCAGAGAAACAUCUAGGCUCCAACCAGGUGCACUGAUGCUGUUGAGAAAUCAUCUUACAGCUCCAGAUGACAUUUCUUCUGAUGUUUUUCCUCUGACUUUCUGAAGUUUGUGCAAUGUGUGUAGCAGUGUAUAAUCUUUACUGUGUAGUGUCUACUUGUGUAACACAAAUAAAGUCACAUGAGAUU